UGAUAAGAAGUGGCGCGCGCGAACGAGCUCUGGGCCUGCCACGUGCUCGCGGGUCUCCCACUCAGUCUCUUGCGCGCACACAACACACACACAUACACACACGGCACGAGCCCUGGGCUGACGGAGAUGCGCGCUGUAGUCUGAGGCGCGCUGCCGAGGAGAGAGAGGAUUCGCGGCGCAGGACGGCUUUAGACGGCUCUGGACGUGUUUGUGAACAUUUGGAGCGACCGGGCCUCCAGCACUGUCUGAAUUUCGUUGGGAAAUAAAGUUCUCCACUCAUGGAGGCUCUGAGCUCGCCCCUGCCCCCGGUCCGGGACUCCAGCUCUUCCCCGCGGCCUCCGGCCGACUUGCAGCCCUUCCCGGGCGGAGGAGGCUCGCUGAAGGCCAACACGGUGAGCGAGACGUGUCUGUACGGCGUGCCCAUCGUGUCCCUGCUGAUCGACGGGCAGGAGCGCCUGUGCCUCGCACAGAUCUCCAACACGCUGCUGAAGAGCUACAGCUACAACGAGAUCCACAACAGGCGCGUGGCACUGGGCAUCACUUGCGUGCAGUGCACGCCUGUGCAGCUGGAGAUUCUGCGGCGCGCGGGCGCCAUGCCGGUGUCGUCGCGCCGCUGCGGCAUGAUCACGAAGCGCGAGGCCGAGCGCCUGUGCAAAUCGUUCCUGGGCGCGCACUCGCCGCCCAAACUGCCCGAGAACUUCGCCUUUGACGUGUCGCACGAGUGCGCGUUCGGCUGCCGGGGCAGUUUCAUCCCUGCGCGCUACAACAGCUCGCGCGCAAAGUGCAUCAAGUGCGCGCACUGCGGCAUGUACUUCUCGCCCAACAAGUUCAUCUUCCACUCGCACCGCGCGCCCGACUCCAAGUACACGCAGCCGGACGCGGCCAACUUCAACUCGUGGCGCAGACACCUCAAACUCAGCGACAAGACCUCGUCGGAGCACGUGUGCCACGCGUGGGAGGACGUUAAGGCCAUGUUUAACGGCGGCAGCAGAAAGAGGACGGUACCGUUUGGCGGCUCGGAGUCGCGCUCUCCAAUGGGGGCUCUGCGCGCGGGCGGAGGUGGAGGUGGAGGCGCAUCCCCGGAGCUCGCGCGUAAAACACCGCGUUGCAGUAGUGGCAGUGGCGGCAGUGGUGCUGACAGUGUUGUCGUGGGCGCGGAGGACGAGCGCGCGAUUUCGGGCAUACGCGCGCCCUCCUACCCGCUCGUCCCGUUACCUAGCAAAGGCUUCGGUGCACUGCACAAGCUGCACGCGCCUUUCUUCCCGCACCCAUACGGAGGCUUCCCCACGUUUGGCGCGUGCCAAAAGAAAGAUGGCACCGGGGUUGGAGUAGGCGGCGGUGGCAGUGGCGGAGAUGAAAGCCGCGUGACCGACACGCACAAGGUGGCUACAGCGGCUACGGCAGCGGCGGCUGCAGCGGCGGCAGCGGCUGCGUUCUGGCCUGGUGCCAAGGACGCGGCGCUUUACCCGGCUUUCCCGGUGUUCUGGCCUACGGCGGGCGGCCUGCACGUGCCCGCUUAUCCACACCAGGCGCAGGCGCGCCUCAAGGCGCACACCGAUCUGGCACCGGAAUUGCGUGAGAGCGAGCGAAUAGGAGUACCGGUAGGAGCUGGUGGAGGAAGGAGCCCACCGGGAGAGAGUGAACGUGAACGCGAGCGCUGGACCGACGACGACAGGUCAGGAGAGGAAACAAGGUCGCGGGACAGUCACGUGAGCCACGUGUCCGCCUUCAGACCAGUGCUGAGGGACGCGGAGAGCAUCGCCAAGCUGUACGGCCACCGAGAGGCGCGCGCCGUCGGACCACCAGCCGGACACCUGUCUCCAGAGCUGGCGAGCUCGAGCUCCAGCUACAGGUCGGUGUCCCCAGAUGUGGACAGCGCGGAGGAGCCAGACGUGGACGUAGAAUCCAACCGAGCGCCCGAGGACGAGGAGGAGCUGCAGCACAGCCCGCUCAGAGAGCCACACCGACCUGCAGAGGAGGAGCCGCCGCAGGUCCGGAGCGCGAGCAGCCCGGAACCCGAGACCGGAGGAUCUACCGAGGAGGAACCGAGGGGCGAGACUGGCCCGGACAGAGACGCACCCGCGUGCGAGGUGUGUGAGAAGGACACGGCGGUGUGUUUGAACCCUGCGCUCGUGCCAGCACCCCCCAGAUACCCCCUCAGCCCACCACAAGAAUCCCACAGAUCCAGUAAAAGCUCAGUGGUGGAGGAGUGUGAAGCUCAGGAGCAACUGAAAGAGACUGGGAUGGAGGUGGCACUAAGGACUGAGAACAGAUUUCACUUCAUCCAGAAAGACUUCCAGAACAUGGCAAAAGAGGAACUCCAGAAGCAGCUGGUGGAGCAAAUGGAGCUCAGAAAGAAAAUGGAGCGAGAAUUUCAGAGCCUGAAAGAUCAUUUUCAGGACCAGAUGAAGAGAGAGCUGUCCUACAGAGAGGAGAUGGUUCAGCAGCUGCAUAUAGUGAGAGACACUUUGUGCAACGAGUUGGAUCAAGAGAGAAAGGCUCGUUAUGCAAUUCAGCAGAAACUGAAAGCUCACGACGCUAUACACCACUUCUCCUGCAAGAUGCUCACUCCACGCCACUGCACUGGGACAUGCACCUUUAAACCACCCCUGCUGCCACCUUAACCAGUUCCACCACUGCUCUCCACACACAGCACAACCACCAGACCUCUCCAGGGACCCUCCGUUCUGAUUCAGAACAGACUAUUCUUCAUAGAAACUUUCCAGGAACUUUCCAGGAACUGCUAAGAAGUGUGCAGGCCUCCAGACGGCUCUGCAAAUUCUGCUAAAACUGGACUUCAGAGAAGCUCAGCAGAGCAGAUGCCACUGGUUCGGAGUGGAAUAGGUGAAUUAAUUGAUAUAAAUACUGUAUAUGUAUCAUAGUAUGACAAUAUAUGUACAAUAGUAUGAAAUACAUUUUUUUCUUAAAAUGCCACAAAGUACAAAAAAAAUGUGGCCAUGUGCAAUGUGGAACUUCAAAACCUGUAAUUAAUUAUUUAUUCUUAAACGUUCAUAAUUCACGUGUUUUUACGUUAAUUUUUGUUUUUUCUCUCGCUCCAAACUUUCACUGAUUCACUGAUGAAUUCACGAACGUGCUCUCCCAAAUGUAUAUGUAAUAUUUAUAUAGAGAUAUAUAAGCACUUUAAGCCUGGGAGAAAAAAAUGAUAAGACCUACCUAAUCUUACCUAAUUUAUUCUGCCUUUAAAUUAAAUAAAUAGUAAUAAUAAUACUAAAAAAACAUAUUCAGCUGAAUUAAAUGAAAUGAAAUGACUCGUGUUUAGCAUUUCUCGCUGUGUACAGAGUAAUGAAGAGUUCUGACCCAAGCACUUAGUCCAGUUCUCCCUGAAACACAGCUCAGAGCUCGGGGAAAAGCUGUCACUCUCUCCUACGUGGCUCCUCUGCUGUGUCCCAUGACUUUUGGCGUGUUAUUCUUUCAAGAAUAAAAUCAUCUGUUGAUUCAUCAACGAAUAAAAUUUCCAUUAGAACAUUAAUGUGAUGUAGAGAAUUAA